AUGACACCAGAUGCGAGACAACAUUGUUACUCGCUGUCAGCGCAUCCUCACGCGGACCAUCCGCUGCGACGAAAAGUGCUGGGUCCUAUUCCGUCUCAUGUCGCUUCGAACCAAAUGCUGUUGGCCGAGUUGGAGCGUCUCGGCUUGGCAAAUAAUGCGGGACUAGGUGCAUCGGUGCCCCUAAGUGAUGCAAAUAUGAUAUUCUCCAAGAGAUGGAAUCCACGACGUGCCAUGCGCCAGCGGUCAGUAAGGUCGAGCCAACGCCUUCCUCGAUUACCUCGGAGAAAGCGACGUGGAAGCACAUCGAUCGUGUCUUCACCUUCAUCUCCCCAUGAAACUCCAACAUCGCCACUUUCGACUAUUCCCGAGGGCCUCCCAGCCAAUGCCCCAGUGUCUCCCACCACCCCUUUGCCUGUCCAUACACCACCAUCUGACACGGUCCGCUCCAAGCACCGUCCACCUUCUAUCCACACGCUCACGCCUAAUGAACAGUCAUCGAGCUUGAAUUCUCGAAGCAAAUAUAGCGAUACGGACUCGCUCUUCUCACCAAGGUCUCAUCACCGGCAUGCAUGGCCACAUCACGGAAAAUUGAGGCGCCUUGGUGUAUUUUCGCCGCAUUCUGCCGCUACACCUUUGGUCUGGGAUGAAACAUGGGCUACCACCGAAGAACUUGACUCUGAAAAACUAGACGAAGAGGAAAGGAAAAAUCUCAUCUCCCAGUUGAGUAUCACAUUUCUACAUCAAAAAAUGUUGGGCGACUCGUUCGAGGUCGGACGUACUUUUUUCGAGCAGAUCCUGAAAGAAGAGGCGGAAACAGAAGUGCCAGUAUCCGCUUCGGCGCCUCCUUCCAUUCACAUGUCGCCAUGCGCAGCCAAACCGCUCGCUUCCUCGCGCCACGAUAACCGUAAUGAACUGGUGUCCAAGCCGAGGUUCUUAUCGUCUAGACCCAAGCGCAUGCCCUUCGGAACUCGCCCUAAAAACGAUCAAGCUCAUGUCAAGUUUGCACUGCCAAAUGAUUCAAAUGAGAUUGAGGACCGGACUGGAUGGGAUGCGAUCCGACAAAAGUUGGAAUCAGAAGGGGCAGUAUCCAUACACACGGGCAGACCCUCGAACACCAUGCUUGCUCUUGAAAAUGAGCUUGAUUCGAAACGUGCUGAGCUAACUGAAAUGGUGUCUAGCUCACAUUCAUUAGAGUAUGGCAUUCCACAUGCACCACCCAACGUGUCUCCUCCCACCAUCGACACGAACAACGCAAGUACUCAUGUUGUGCCGCUCACACCACCACAUGAGACGGACAUGCCAUCUGACGACAAGCGGCGGAGAAAGGGGCAUCAUUGGAUUCCCCAUCCCACUGUGCCACAAUGGUUUCAUGACAGACAAAAAGCCCUCAUGGGACAUAAAAAGGUAGGCGGACAGUCUGCGACGCCCUACGCUGAAACUAGUCAUUCAAAGUCCAGUGCCUCACUCGAGACAUUAGCCGCUGAGCCGACUUUGGACGAAGGCGUUCACAAAGUAUCUGAGAAGAUCACGAUGGAAACCGUGACGCGAACACCCACGCCACCCAGGCCUUCCGACUCCUCCCUUCAGCUAAAAAAUCCCAUUGAAGCGCACAAUGAAAUCCACAUUCCUUCACCGCACCGAGUGGCCGAGGUCGCCCAUACCUCGACCACACCGAUGCGCCUACCGCAGUCGCUAGAGGACGGAUCGAUUCCUGUUGGUCUUGGCGAUCAAUCGCCGCCACCCGUGGACGAAGUGCUCUCUCGCCCCAUCGUCGCUCCUGUGCCCUCUCCUGCAACACCGAACGACCAUGCAUGUCUUGUACUUAAACGCGAUCGCAUGCUGGUCAAGGUCCAGGUGGCUACAAGUGAUGUGAUGGGUGCUGACUUUGACGAGUUCGAGGCACGCCGCUACGAUGUUCGCUCGUUUCGAUGGGCCGAGUACGUCGUCAUACUACGUCCGGGGCGUCUGGAGUUGUGGAGCGAAUCCAGUGUAUGCUCGCAUGUGCUGGGUGAUUCUGACCGACUCAAGCUCAGAUACAGCGUAUCGUUGCGGCCUGAAGAAGCAACGCUCUCACUCUACUCCGAGACAGAUCGCCUUUUGUGCCUAACUUGCCCACGCCCUCUCGGGACCAUGGGCCGUCUUCCCUUUCGGCGGCACGGCUCCAUGAUUUUGAUUCUUAACGCCCGCACAUUUACCGCUGCCGCCGACUGGAUGUGGCUCUUAUGGCGCGAAUUGGGCGGGUCCGUUCCGCCUCACGUAUUCGUCUACAUUCCUGGCAUCUCGAUGCGUGUACGCGUUCCCAUCCCCAAGCUGCCUGACAUCCAUGGUCUAUCGCGUGAGUAUGACACUGUGUUGGACGUACCAAGUCCCACACCUAUCGAGGAUUACGAAGAGUAUAUGCCUGCUGCACUACUUCGAGAAGCUCGUCGACUCGUCAAAGCUGUGCCGCAAUGGGCCUCGCUCGCUGAGGAUAUGAGAGCGCGUGGCCUCUCGCCAACCCUUGCAUGGCGCUCUGGCACCAUCUACAACUGGGUCUUGUAUGAUCACACGCCCGAAGGUGCGAAACGGUACUGGAACGUCCUGGUUGGUGCUCUGCUAACCAAUCGUCGACGUGCCCCUGUUCUGGAACUGGUUAUGAACAACCAUUACCCCACACAUGUCUUACAUCCCAGUGGGCAUGCGCUGUCCGAGCCUUGCGGUGUUGAGGGAUUCGUUGGGCGCCUGCGAAAUGUAUCAAAUGUUGCGUCGCGCGUGUAUCUCAGUGUACAUGAUGGCUGCGUGUUCUUGUUGCGCGAAAGUUACGCGUGUGUCCCCGACGCGUUCACUGGUGUACCUUUAGGACCUAUUCAGGGUGCUACGCGUAAAGAGCGAUUGUCCGCACGCAUUAAGCAGUUUGAGCAUUACGAGCGCGUGCGUGAAUCGUACCAGAUUCGACACAGCGAAGGGUUCAUCGACUUGCGCGAUGUGUGCGCUAUUGGCCAUGUGGAAACUGGUAUCGUCCUAUCGAUCGAGCUACAGCGUCAUAUGAUGCAGUUAGGUCAAGAUCCCAUCUUGUCUUCCGCUUUGAAGAACGCUCAGUGCGUGCAUGACUAUGAUGGCACACGCACAGCCAUUGACCGUCGUUUGGAAAAAGUACUGCGCAUUGACAGUACGUCCCGGCCUAUGCGACGGUUCCAGCUCUUCCUGAACAACGGUCGAGAAGUUGUAUUUGAAUGCGCUAGUCCUUCUCUCGCAUGCGACUGGAUCGUUCACCUGUUUAUGCUCACCGUAUAUUGGCGCUGCCGUCAAAAAACCGACAUUCGCAUGCUUAUGAAUGCCUCUGGCAACCGUCGCGAGCAUCGAUACGGGGCUGCUUACGUCGAUGACUUGUCGCUUUUGUCACUACCAUAUUUGUGGAAUUGGUGCCGCAUCGAUCACUGCCGUGCUGUCAAUCUCAUGGGCCACUUGUUUUGGCGCACCAAUGCACGACAUCCUUUUCGCCGUCGUGUAUUUGUGUUGUGCAAUGGUCAAAUACUUGGGUUCAAGCUCAUGUCAUCGACGCGGACAUCAACUUCGCGCCAAAACGAAGGUAUCGUGUACCGCCACAAAGGCGCGCCCAUUCUGCUGCGAGACGCCUACGUGUACACGGGCCAAAUGAGCGAUCGUUCCUCGGAUUUGCAAAGCAACGAAUUUUCCAUUGCCCGAUCCAGGAAUGCAAAAAAGCACGAAAUCUACGAACAACUGCCGCGGUUGUACCGAGACGGCCUCACUAGCUCCGAGUCUCAUGAAGAAUGCUCAUUCGUGUUGCAUGUCCGGCGAAAGCCUGAUUCUGCCUUGCCCACACAUUUGUCAGGUCACACGGCGCCUUCUAUUGCACCGCGCGACUACACUGAAUACAUGUUUCGGGCACGCACAGUGCUUGAGCGCGAUAUUUGGGUUCGCCAAAUAUGCAUCGAAAUCGAAAAGAUGGUGCGCGCAGAUCCUAAGCGCGAAGAGUCCAUACGGCGGUUUGGUCGCAUACAUUAG